UAGGAACAAAGAUGGCGGCGCCCAUAAGAUUGCGAAAUUUGCGUUUGUUUUUGUAGGAAAUUUCGUCACAUUUCCGCGGACUUAGAGAGCUCUGCACAUCAGAACACGCCAGUGUGCGGUGUGUAGCGGGGUACCGCCAUGCCGGGGAAGCUGAAGGUGCGAGUAGUAGCGGGGAGGGACCUGCCCAUCAUGGACAGGGCCAGCGACCUCACAGACGCCUUUGUAGAGGUGAAGUUCGGAGCUACUAACUACAAGACAGACGUCCAGAAGAAGUCUCUCAACCCUCAGUGGAACUCAGACUGGUUCAAGUUUGAGGUAGAUGAUGAAGACUUACAGGAUGAACCAUUACAAAUUCGAGUCCUGGACCAUGACACAUACAGUGCCCAUGAUGUGAUUGGAAAGGUGUAUAUAGAUAUCGACCCCCUGCUGACUAAAGACUCUGCCUCAGUUAUGCAGGGCUGGUUCCCCAUCUACGACACCAUGCAUGGAAUCCGAGGCAGUGUGUACAUUGUGGUGAAGGUGGAUCUGUUCAUCGACACCAACAGGUUCAGACAGUCAUCCUGUGGAGUCCAGUUCUUCUGCUCCCCCUCCAUCCCGUAUGGCAUGUAUCCUGUGGCUAUUCUGGGGUUUGUGGAAGAACUGGUGGUAAAUGAUGAUCCAGAAUACCAGUGGAUAGACAAGAUUCGGACUCCUCGAGCCUCAAAUGAGGCCAGACAGAGCCUGUUCUCCAAGCUGUCAGGUGAGCUGCAGAGGAAGAUAGGACUGAAGGUACUGGAGAUGGGAGGCAAUGCUGUCAUUGGGUACAGACAGUGUUUUGACCUGGAGGGUGAGUCAGGUAUCGUGGUGCGAGCCAUCGGCACAGCGGCCCACCUGGCGCGGCUCCAGCCACCACCGGUCUCUCCUCACCAGUCUCCACCAGUCAUCAAGGAUGCCGUCAAGGAGGCACCUGUACCAGAGGAGGGCACGGCCCCCCCUCCCUCCCCCACCAAACUCUUCUCCUCCCCCCUGCCCAAGGAAGUGGUGCCUCCCAUCGGUCCGGCUGAGAGGGUGCGGCGCCAGUCGUCUGAUUCUGACCUGAGCACGACACCAAAAGGAGGGAGUGUGGGCAGUAGUGGCAGCAGCGGGGGGAAGGCCACCAUGAUACAGAAGCUCAUGUCCCAACAACCCAGCCUGGAUGUCAUGGAGUACCCAUUCUUCACCCUGCGGUCCUUCCAGCCUGGGUUCCUGCAGUCCCUGGGAGGAGUGGUGUCUGCUCGCUCUGUCAAACUGUUGGACAGGAUCCACAACCCAGAUGAGCCUGAGACCAGAGAUGCCUGGUGGAUAGAGUUACGACAGGAGAUUCGAUCUCAUGCCCACGCGCUGGGCUGUAAUGCUGUGGUCGGGUACAGUGAGUCCACUAGUAUAUGUGAUGAGCUGAUUGUGUUGUCAGCUGCCGGCACAGCUGCACUUCUCAACCUCAGACCAGAGGAAGCCAUAUUCAACAAAGACCCCUCUCUGCGUCAGUCUGGCCUGCUGACAUGUUCGCUGGACCGUCGUGACUUCGAGACGCUCCAGCAGGCACAGAGAGACACGUCGGCGGGGAGCGGGUACGGUCCCACUCUGCUAGAACGCAGCUUCGCGGUCAGGCGAUCACUGUUGCAUGGCCAGCCUGGGACUUCAGAUGAGGUUUCCAUGAGCUGUAGUCCCUGCCACAUCCCAUACGAUCGACUCAACACUCCCUUCCCUAUUGUGUUAGAGAACUGUGCUGUCUGUAGACAUGGAAAGGUCCCAGAUGUGCUGUUUACGACUAUAGAGCCUCCAGUAGACCUGCCAGUUACUGGACAUGGCUGUCUUAUACAGGCUAGGGUGUGUCGGGGGAAAAGGAAGCUACAAGGGGAGGCCAAUGCUGCAGCUGUCAGUGAUGUCCUGCCCUUCAUGGAGUAUGAACUUCAUCGGCAGCUUAUGCACAAACUCAAGGCUAAGAGCAUGAACAGCCUUUUUGGACUGAAUGUGGAGAUUUCAGUGGGAGAAACUCUCAUCAUAGGAAUUGCAACAGCAACUGCAGCAUUUUUGUCAGCCCUCCCCGUUCCUGGACCACUGAAAAUUACAGGGAAGAAUGGGUCAGAACAGAAGGUGUCUGCUAUGCAGAAGAGAGUCCAGGACAUGCAGGCCAAGAACAGGGACAUCUACGAUCUACAGCACCUGUCUUCUGAGCCCCCAGACGUCACAAAAGAGGAAGAUGAGAAGGAGCUGCCUGACGUGGCAGACCAUAUGCCCAGCAGUCCGGGUUGCCAUAGUAACCACUCCCACAGCAGCAGCGGGAGUGACCUCAGUGAACUUGACCUCUCUGCCGGCAAGAAGGAGGCGUUUGUCAUUGAGAUUGAUGAUGCUGAGGAUGAGGAUAUCGUGUCCUUAAUGUUGGACUCACCUGAACCUGAAGGUUUCCAGUCCUGUAACACCGAGCUGCCCCCUGGGAUCCAAAUUCUCACAAGUAAUGUACAGACAUUUACAACAGUGAUGACAUACAACGAUUCCCAAGCCUUGGCCCACCACAGCAGACAUCUAACUAACAUCUUCGACAACAUUCUUAAGACCCUGUAUUUCAAGCUGCGUAUGAUGGUGCCCUGCUGUCUCUCGGACGUACGCUUCCAUGUCGCCAUUCCAGAGGACAACGAAAUGCAGGUUACAGUGACGGCUGCAGCUGUAGGUUUACAGGAGAGUCCACCAUCAGCCAGUGAGACACAACCCCACGUCAGGAGGAGACAGAGAGACAGUAAACUCCAGGAAAGCAGUACUGAAAAACAAGACAAUGACAGAUUUCCAGAGUCCAGUGAGAGUGACCGUGAAGACAUGAUGUUUGUGAUGGACGGAGACCCAGAGUCCACCCCCCAGUCCAGCACUCCCACCAAACUCACCCCUACACAGCACAUACCAGGUCAGUCUCACCAAACUCACCCCUACACAGCACAUACCAGGUCAGUUCCACCAAACUUACCCCUAUACACAGCACAUACCAGGUCAGUCUCACCAAACUCACCCCUACACAGCACAUACCAGGUCAGUUCCACCAAACUCACCCCUACACAGCACAUACCAGGGCCGCGUACGUAUAAGCAGGAGGGUCGCUCGCAGCUCACGCCCCACGGGAUCCAGCUCAGCCCGCUGUCGUACGUGCCGGGCGGCCGCGUGGAGCGAUACCUGGGACACGUCAACAUGUUCUUCAUCCGCGAGAGUACGUCGGUCCGAGAGCAUGGUGGGAUGAAUGGAGUUGUGCACAAGUUCCUGCUGGAGGUUCAGGCCAUCCUGCGAGCCCACGUCUCGGCGCUAGGGGGCAACGCUCUGCUGUCUCACACUGUCAGCCAGGUGGUUCUGCUGGACAACCCCAACAGGAACCAGGGCCAGUGCCUGCUGAACGUGAGCGGUGACGCGGCGUGUGUCGUGUACUAUGGAGACCAGAUCCUGCCCGUGUCCGUCCCCUUCUCGCUAGCUGCCAUCGCGGACAGGUCACCCAUCGCCAAGUUCAGCCCAAAGGAGGCCAAGAGGAAAGUCCCCCUCAUGACAGACUUGUGACAGUGACCUUGUGGAUAUAGUGUACAUG